AUGAUACCUCUCAGACCGUCAAAGAGCGCUCUGCGCGCCAUCCACCUCCAGAGGCAGUUUGCCUCUGGUCGUCGGCCCUUCUCGACCUCGUUCGUGGCGUCGGCUGCCUCGCCCCACCGCUCUUCUCCUCAGAAGCGUGCUCAGAGUACCGCGACGGCGAGCUCUGACUCCAGGCCCGUGCCGAGCCCGGCUUUCAACCAAGAACCUCACCGCAAUGAGAUCUCGCCUCUGCAGAAUCGCCAGCUCCCUGAGCUCGAUGACUCGAUGGUUGGCAUGAGCGGUGGUGAAAUUUUCCAUGAGAUGAUGCUUCGUCUCAAUGUGAAGCAGAUCUUUGGUUAUCCCGGUGGUGCUAUCCUUCCCGUGUUCGAUGCCAUCUACAACUCAAAACACUUCGACUUCGUCCUCCCCAAGCACGAACAAGGUGCCGGUCACAUGGCCCAGGGUUACGCUCGUGCGUCUGGCAAGCCCGGUGUGGUCCUCGUCACCUCGGGCCCUGGUGCGACCAAUGUCGUCACCCCCAUGCAGGAUGCAAUGUCCGACGGUACGCCCAUGGUUGUCUUCUGCGGUCAGGUCCCGACCAGCGCCAUCGGCACCGACUCCUUCCAAGAGGCCGACGUAAUCGGUAUCUCUCGUGCCUGCACCAAGUGGAACGUGAUGGUCAAGUCCGUUGGUGAGCUGCCUCGUCGCAUUCAGGAGGCCUUUGAGAUCGCCACCAGCGGCCGCCCCGGUCCUGUCCUCGUCGAUCUGCCUAAGGAUGUCACCGCUGGUAUCCUCCGCAACCCCAUCCCUAUGCAGAGCACCAUUCCCUCCCUUCCUAGCGCUGCCACCGUGGCUGCCCGUGAGAUGAGCCGAAGGCAGCUUAACAGCACCAUUGGCCGCGUUGCUCGCCUUGUCAACAUGGCUCAGAAGCCCAUUCUCUACGUCGGCCAAGGUCUCCUUGCUCGCCCCGAUGGCCCUAAGAUCCUCAAGGAGUUUGCCGACAAGGCUAACAUCCCCGUCACCACUACCCUCCAGGGUCUGGGUGGCUUUGAUGAAUUGGAUCCUAAGGCUCUGCACAUGCUCGGUAUGCACGGUUCCGCUUACGCCAACAUGGCCAUGCAGGAGGCCGAUCUGAUCCUUGCUGUCGGUGCCCGUUUCGACGACCGUGUCACGCUCAGCAUUCCCAAGUUCGCUCCCCAGGCGAAGGCCGCUGCUGCUGAGGGCCGGGGUGGUAUCGUCCACUUCGAGAUUAUGCCCAAGAACAUCAACAAGGUCGUUCAGGCCACCGAGGCCGUCGAGGGCGACUGUGCCGAGAACCUCCGUCUCCUCCUGCCCCAGGUCGAUGCCGUUGCUGAGCGCCCAGAGUGGUUUGAGCAGAUCAACGACUGGAAAUCCCGCUUCCCUCUGUCCCUUUACGAGCGCCAGACCAGUGAAGGGACCAUCAAGCCUCAGGCCGUCAUUGAGAAGCUGAGUGAGCUCACCGCUCACAUGAAGGAUAAGACCAUCAUCACCACCGGUGUUGGCCAACAUCAGAUGUGGGCUGCUCAGCACUUCCGCUGGCGCCAUCCCCGCACCAUGAUCACCUCCGGUGGUCUUGGUACCAUGGGCUUUGGUCUGCCCUCCGCCAUCGGUGCCAAGGUGGCCCGUCCCGACUGCCUUGUUAUUGACAUUGAUGGCGACGCCUCCUUCAACAUGACCCUGACUGAGCUCUCCACCGCUGCUCAGUUCAACAUUGGUGUCAAGGUCCUUCUUCUGAACAACGAGGAGCAGGGCAUGGUCACGCAAUGGCAGAACCUGUUCUAUGAGGACCGCUACUCUCAUACCCACCAGCAGAACCCCGACUUCGUUCCUCUUGCCCGCGCCAUGCGCGUCGCUGCCGAGCGCGUCUCCAAUCCCUCUGAGGUCGAGGCUAAGCUGAAGUGGCUGAUUGAGCAGCCCGGUCCUGCCCUGCUUGAGGUCAUCACUGCCCGCAAGGUUCCUGUCCUGCCUAUGGUGCCCUCUGGUCGGGGUCUCCACGAGUUCCUGGUCUACGAUGAAGCCAAGGAAAUUGAGCGUAAAGAAAUGAUGAAGAAGCGCAACGCUCCCACUGAGGUCAACAUGCGUGAUUAA